AUGGCUGAGUUGCGUCGGCUGGUGGAAGUGAUCUUCAAGUGGAAGCUGGGAUAUGGCGCUUCCCUGGAACGACAAAGCUACAUCGAGAUUCUUCAAGAUAUUGGUGUCACAUUGCAGGAGGCCCAAUUCCUUCUGCAGGAGUACCCAGAAGACUCGUGGAUUGGUGUGAAAGACUUCCUGGAGAUUUUCUUCACUUCUGAGGCGCCGAAAGAAGAGCAUUCUACUUCUACGCCAAACCAGGUGAAGGGUGACAAGGCCAGUCUCAAAGAAUAUUUUGAGAAAGGCUACAAGCAAGGUCUUGUUUUCGAUCAUGACGAGUACCAGCAUGACGCGGAAGACUGGUGCUGGGUCCAUACCAAACUGGGCGUGAAGGUCUGGCAGGAUGCCGUCGACAUGACUCAAGCCAGUGGUGCCGCUAAUAUACAAUGCUUGUUCCACUACACCAGUGAGCUUGGCUUUAAGAACAUAGUGGACGCGAGAAAGUCAGUGGUCGAAGUCUUCGCCUCUCUGAUAACGACGGGUGAGAAGGCCAACGCCUGGUGGGGAAGAGGAGUUUACUCGGUGCAGAAGUCCCCAGAUGAGUGGCCAAGCAUCGAAGCACUCAUUGACAACAACUACCGCAAUAUGCUCAAGAGGGACAGCGACUUGAGGGGUCGUGAGGCAGCUGUGGAGGAGUACAGGUCAAGGGUUGCCUUCUGUAUACCUAUCUUGGUCGAUGAAUCCAUCGCCUAUGAUGUGUCCAAGAGACAAACGCCGGAAAUGGUCGAAAAGGGGAAGCCUGUUGGUGUGAACCUAGCUGGAAAGCAGCUCAACGAAGAUGGUAUGCCACCUCGACAAUGUAUCGUCGUCCGAGCAGAACGGGCGGAGAAGGUUGGCAACGCCAGUGCAGUGCUGGUGGAAUCGCUCCGCUGCCGCGCCGAAGCUAUCAAAGAGAAACUGGGAUCAGAACAUUCUGAAGCGCUCAAGGCGUUAAGCCGGCUGGCGAUCGUGCUGACGGCGCGCGGUGACUUGGCUGAGGCGGAGAGGCUGCAGCGGCACGUGCUGGAGGCCUACGAAGCGCAGCGAGGCAAAGAAGAUCCGGAGACCCUCAGGGCAGUGAACGGUCUGGCGAUCACGUUGAAAUUCGCCGGGAAGCAGAUGGACUCCCUGGCAUUGUUCAGACAAGCUUUGGCCGGACGUGAGGCUCAGCUUGGACCGGUGCAUGUAGAAAGCCUGGCGUCAGUGUUCAAUCUCGGACGGGCCUUGUUGGAUCUGGGCAAGCUGGAAGAGGCUGAACUUGUUUGCAGAAGAGCUUUGGCAGGGUGUGAAGCUGAGCUUGGGGCGAUGCACCCCGCCACCUUGGCUUCACUAGACAGCCUUGGCGGGUUGUUGAGCAAGCAGAGGAAGUUGGAGGAUGCUGAAGUGCUUUUUAGACGGGCGUUGACCCGAACGGAAAGUCAGGUUGGAGAGAUGCAUCCGGACACCCUCACUUUAGCCAACAACCUUGCAAAUGUGCUACUGGAUCAGGAGAAAUUGGAGGAUGCGGAAGCGCUUUACAGACGAGCGUUGGCAGGAUUUGAGGCUGAGCUUGGAGCGAUGCAUCCGGAGACCCUGUUUCCAGUGCAUGGCCUUGCAGUUUCCCUACGGAAGCAGGGCAAGCUCGAGGAGGCUGAGCUGCUUCAGAGAAGAGCUCUGACCGGACGUCAGAUGCAGCUCGGGGCCAUGCACCCAAGCACGCUGGCCUCCGUUGGGCAUCUUGCGAAGCUUUUGGAGGUCAAAGGCUGCCUGGCCGAGGCGGAAGAGCUCUAUGUCAGGGAGUUCCAGGGCCUGGAGGAGCUCCACGGCCCUGACGACGAGAAGACGCGCCGCAGCCGGCGACGGCUGAAGCGAUUCCGACGGAAACACGCCCGUGGAGAUCUCUUUGAAACCCGAUCGCUGGCGGAAGUGCCCCGCAUCGAUGGCUACGAGGCGAGUGAGGCGACGCGGGUUUCGCCGGUGUAUCGCCAUCAAAACCCAUUUGUGAAAACGAGUGGUGGUGGAUCGAUGGCCCGACAGCAUCGAUCAGCGUGGUCCAAGACUUACGAGAAGCGCCCAUUGCAAACGAUGCUUUGGUACCAGGUCAAUGGGAUGACUUUGCAGGAGAAGGAUGAGUUUGUCGCGCUUUUGAACCAAGCGACCUGCCAGUGUCUUCAUGAGGCAAUCCGCGUGCGUCUUGCAAAGGCUGCAUCCAUACACCCGUGGAAGGAGGACGAGUUUGACGCCCGGAUCAAGGAGAUUUUUGAGAUGUUUCAGGAGCCCACAGACUCAGCUGUAAUGAAGGCCUCGCACUUGGGGGACGCCAUGCGGAUGGCUCAGAUGAACCCCACAGACUCAGAGGUCUCCAAGGUCAUGGCGGACCUUGGGAAUUUGGAGAGCUUGACGCUGCCAUUGUUGAAGAGGGUCAUGAAGGACCAGAUCGCUCAGUGGUCAUCAAGAGACCAGGUACAGGAACUCUUUGGUUGCUUCGAGCAGUUCGACCCAGGGAAGACAUGCUUCCUGUCCCGGCACACCCUCAUGGACGUGAUGCGGAGCGGUGGCAAUCAAUUCUCGGAGGAGAUGCUGGAGGGCAUGCUGGAGGAUGUCCCGUCAACUAGCGAAGGCUACGACUAUCGACGGAUCAUCGCGGCCCUCUUGGGGCCUGAGGUGAAGAAAGGUGAGAAAAGUGAUGGGAGUGAUGCUGAGAAAGCGGAGUUGGAGGAUCAGCAGGAGCAGCAAGGCGCGAGCAGCGAGAGAGAAGAAGAAUCCGAGACCAGUACUCCUGUGCAGGACACCAAGAUGAAGCCAACCUGGGAGCGAAGGAGGAAGAGGUUCUGGAACAGAGUCAGGCACAAGCCAGCGUGGGAGAGGGGCACGUGGCGAAACUUUUACCUUCCUCUGAGGUUCAGGUGCAAAGUGCCAAGAGAUGAGCACUUCGCCAGUCUAAAAGAUUACUUUGAGAAGGGCUACAAGCAAGGUCUUGUUUUUGAUCACGACGAGUACCAGAAUGACCCGAAAGCGUGGUGCUGGGUCCACACCAAGUUGGGCGUCAAGGUUUGGCAGGAUGCCCUGGACCUGACUCAAGCCAGCGGUGCCAGUGAUGUGCAGUGUUUUUUCCACUACACCACUGAGCUUGGCUUUAAGAACAUCACGGAUCUCAGAAAGACAGUGGUAGAAGUCUUUGCUUCUCUGAUAACGAGGGGUGAGAAGGCCAACGCCUGGUGGGGACAAGGAGUUUAUUCUGUGCAGAGGCCGCCAGAUGAAUGGCCAAAUAUCGAAGCACUCAUUGACAACAACUACCGCAAUAUGCUCAAGAGGGACACCGAAAGGAAAGGUCGUGAGGCAGCUGUGGAGGAGUACAGGUCAAGGGUUGCCUUCUGUAUACCUAUCUUGGUCGAUGAAUCCAUCGCCUAUGAUGUGUCCAAGAGACAAACGCCUGAAAUGGUCGAGCAGGAGAAGCCGGAUUCAUUUUUUGAAUUUGGCUGGAAAGCAGCUCAACGAAGAUGGUAUGCCACCUCGACAAUGUAUCGUCAUCCGACCAGAAAGGGCGGAAGAGGUUGGCAACGCCAAUGCAGUGCUGGUGGAAUCGCUCCGCUGCCGCGCUGA